CGCGCUCCGAUUAGGUACCACUGUACACAAACUUGUAAAUUUGGAAUAAUCCGCAAGUUGUCAAAAUUCUGUACUCCCGGAAUAAUGCAAAAAUGGAUAACAAACAGCCGCCAACCAUCAUUUUCCACCCGAUCAUCUCGUCGAUCCAAAAAAUCGCACUAUACGAGACCAAAUCAAGAUUCUACUUGAUGGGUUCGAACAAUACUCAAACUCGCUUCCGCGUGUUAAAAAUCGACCGUCAAGAGCCCCGAGAGCUCUGGCUGGUGGAUGACAAGAUGGAAUAUACCCAAGACGAAAUAAUAGAGCUAGUAAACAUGAUAGAUCAGGGUAAUCGUUCAAAGGGUGGUAAUCGUUCAAAGUCCCAGGGAUUAGCAAAGGUGGUAUCAGCCUUCGGAAUCGUUGGCUUCAUUCGUUUCCUGGAGGGCUAUUAUCUCAUCCUCGUGACAAAACGCCGACGUGUUGCAGUAAUCGGUCACCACACGAUCUACAAGAUCGAGGACACAACGAUGAUCUACAUCCCGAAUGAUUCCGUCCGUAUUUUUCACCCAGACGAGCAACGCUAUGUCAAGAUGUUCCAGAGUAUUGAUCUGAAUAGCAAUUUUUACUUCAGCUACUCGUAUGAUUUGACUCAGACCCUGCAAACGAAUUCAGCAGCUCCAAAGCACAUCAAAUCUGAGACGACAAAUGAAUCGACAAGUCAAAAUACAGUGGGCAAUGACGAGGACUUCUUCAACAUGUGGCUGUCGAGAAAGAACUGGCAGAAGAGUGACGAGUAUGGGAUACGAAGCAAUCCUCAUCGUCGUUUCGUCUGGAAUGAUCACCUGCUGAAACCCGUGGAGAAGGACCUCCACAGGGACUGGAUCCUCUAUAUCACACACGGUUUCGUUGGCCAAUCAAACGUCAGCAUAUUUGGCAGAUCGAUGUACAUUAUUUUGAUUGCAAGAAGAAGUAACAGAUACGCUGGUACGAGAUUCCUGAAACGUGGAGCCAAUUGCAAGGGUGACGUUGCUAAUGAGGUGGAGACUGAACAAAUAGUCCACGACUCGGCAGUGAGUUCCCUUCACAACGGUAGAUUCAGCUCCUUCGUCCAGAUGAGGGGAUCGGUUCCUGGGUACUGGUCCCAGGAUAUCAGCAAAAUGGUGCCAAAGCCGACAAUCUCCUGUGUUCUAGCGGAUCCAUUUUUCGAGUGCACUGGGGCCCACUUCAAUGAAUUAUUAAAACGCUACGGUGCCCCCAUUAUCAUCCUCAAUCUCGUGAAGAAACGGGAGAAGAAAAAACACGAGAGUAUCUUGAGUGAAGAGAUGUUCGACGCUGUGGAGUAUCUCAAUCAAUUUCUACCCCUCCACCAUCAGAUCCAGUACGUAAGCUUCGACAUGGCGAGGAUGAAUAAAGGAAAGACUGCGAACGUCAUGGGAAGACUAGGCAAUAUCGCCAACAACGCAGUCCUCAAGACUGGAAUCUUCCAGUCUCAGGAGCCGUACUACAACCAGAGAAGAGUCCUCAAUCCCUCAGGGAGUGUCAGGAGAAGUCACAGGGAGAUGACGAGCUCGAUUACCAAGGGAUCUGAUGUGGAGGUGAAUCCCCUGAUCGAGGAUAAGAUCAGGGAUUUGUUCCUCACGAAGGGAACAGUUCAGACUGGAAUUAUCAGGACUAAUUGUGUGGAUUGCCUCGACAGAACAAAUACUGCGCAAUUUGCCAUUGGAAAGUGUGCACUAGGUUAUCAGUUAUGUGCUCUUGGAGUCUUGGAGCAGCCAAAGCUGGAGUUUGAUUCUGACUGCGUUAGAAUGCUUGAGGAGAUGUACGAGGAUCAUGGUGACACUCUUGCUCUGCAAUAUGGGGGCUCUCAGCUCGUUCACAGGAUCAAGACGUACAGGAAGACUGCCCCCUGGACUAGUCAAGGGAAUGACAUCAUGCAGACUCUCAGCAGAUACUACAGCAAUACAUUCAGCGAUCAGGAGAAGCAGCAUACUAUCAACCUGUUUCUCGGGGUUUUCGUGCCACAGGAGGGGAAACCACCGAUUUGGGAGAUGCUGACGGAUUAUUAUCUCCAUAACAAAGUUGCUGUCGAGUACAGAAGGAGGAAUAGAGUUCUCACUCAGUGGUGGGACGACAAGGUCUACAAAUGCUUGCCUUAUGCUUACAAUCAGGUCGCCAAGACCUGCUCUGAGAUGAUUCAGGUGCAACAUUCCCAAGAGGAGAUGGUCGAUAUUUAUUACGACUAUCAUCGACCCUUUGAACUCAAUCAGCUGGCUGAUAUUUACGCUUAUCAGGUGAGUCACUCGGUGCGAGACUUUAUGCCGCAUUUCACCACGAAUUUCAGUCCCUUUGCCGUGCGAAUCAGGCCAGGAAGGCGAAGAGAGGAGACUUCCAGUAAAAAUGCUAACAUCAGGAAUCCCUCAAUGACAGGGCAGAGCAGUACGAGCAGCAAUGCGAGCAGUGCGAGCUCUAGUGUGGAUACGAGUUCAGACGACGAGGACUCGCGACAUGGCAGUGACAGUCAACUGAUUCCCCUGAAGGAGCCAGGGGAGGUGAUGAGCUUUGAGAGCCUAUUUCCCUCGAUGAGGGAAGUGUACGGGGUCGAGCCCCAGAUCCCCAGGAGAAGUGAUCUCAUUCUCUAUAAGAGAUAUGUAAUGAUGGGAAGAAAUUCCACUCACCACAGCGAUCACUCUAGUCUAAGGUCCAAAAUGGUCCAGCAGGCGACAUUUCCGGACGUCGUACCUGUCAGGGUGGAGCUUCCCAAGGUCUCUGACAUAAGUGUCAGUAUUUAUGAGCAGUAUGUCCAGAGGGGGAGGAAUGGGGGUUUCGCCCCCAGUCCCAUGGAUCUUCAUCUUUAUGAAAAAUAUGCCAGGCAACAGCAGAUGAUCCUCGGGGUGCCCUGCAGAGAGGCUUUCUGACCAAUUCAUGGAAAUCCCUCAGCAAUAUCAAUUUGAUUAAUUAAUUAAUUAACUGAUUAAUAUUUAACUUGAAAUUAUCAGA